AUGAAUUCUACAAUUUUUAUAACCUGCUCGAUUUGUAUUACGGUAGGUCUAAGGUUUUUUAGAAAACAAUUAAUUUUCAAAAAUCAAAAACAGAUUUUUAUCUUCGGCGUUUCUACAAAUGCCAAAGUUAUUCAAAUUCUAUUGAAUGGUAAAGCUGAAAAAACAUCUUUCAAUAUUUUAUGUAUUUUGAAAGCGGCUCUCAAUGCUAUUAUUGUCAUUUUUGGUUUACCAUUGACAUUUUUCAAUGUGCUUCUGUAAGGAAACUAAAUAAAUUUUUCUCCCUCCAGAUAAAAAAUCUAACUUUAGUGGCGAGCCUUUGAUUUCUGAAUCUUGGGAUACAAUUUGCUUCAUGUUCAGUUUGAAUUUCACAAUUUGCAAUAAUUUAUGCAAUGUUUUGACAGCUUUUAAUCGAUUUUGCGCGAUUUAUUUUCCAACAAAAUAUGACAAUUAUUUCAAUAAUUCACGAACAAUUUAUCUAAUUAUUAUAAUUUUGAUAAUUGCACAUAUUAAAAUAAUCUACGAUUCCUAUAAUUAUCUUGGUAAGUUGAAUAACUAAUUAAUUCAAGAAAUUCGCAAUAUUUCUCUGACCCCUGAAAUAAUUACAGAUCUCCAAUGUUAUUUCGAAUUCAAUCUUGAACAUUUAUAUUGGUUUUUACCUGAUCAUUGCUCACAAGUCUCUUCAUAUCUAUUAAUUGUAUAUGAAAUUAUGUACGCUCUAAUAAUUCUCUUCGAUUUCUCAUGUUUCAUCGCUCUUUAUAGCUUUUUCAAAAACAAAAAUGAUCAAAAAACAAGAAUGAAAAAUAAUGUGCUUUUAUUAUUCCAAACUUUUUGUCAAGAUACGCUAGCUUUUCUUAACAUGAUUAUCGUAUUUAAAAUAUCGUAAGUUACUAAUUUAUUUAACUAAUUAAUUAAAGAAAUCUAAUUAGUUCCAGGAAAUUCAAUGAUUCAGCGAUUUGGAGAUUUACAACUGGAAUUAUUGCAUGGGUUGUGAUUUAUGGAUUUGAUGGAGUUAUUAUGAUUAUUUUUAUUAAGAAGUUGAUUAGAAGAUUGGAAAAUCCUAGUAAUAUUGUGAAAGUUAGCCAUAUUCAUUCAAUUAAAAGUGGAUCUGAUCACUAA